GCACUUCAGUUCCUAGAUCAUCGUGCUUUAUCCUGGACAGCGUUGGUUGUUUUUGUCACCCUGUCCAUUGCUCCGGAUUGGCCAAGAAAAUAAACAAUCCUGUCAAUGAAGGUGACCAGUGACCAGUGACCAGUGACCAGUGACCACUUCACCGGCGAUGAGUUCGAGCCAUCAGACCCAUCAGACGUCUGGCCCUCGAUCAACAUCAUUCUCAAAGUUAAGUACCCAAGGGACCAACCCAUGACAUAGGGUUGUGGCUCGAAAACGCCUCUCAUUCCUGUAUGAUCGCUCUCGAAGUGCAUUUCCGUACCAUGGAUCGUCUCUCCAUCGCUCAUGUCGAAUCCACUUGGGACUUUGAUGCGGAUCAACUGCGCGAUUGCCUGCAAUUUCAUCCGGAAACCGAGUCGCCUUUCGAAUUCGACCCGGAGCAAGACAUCACCAUGGAUCAUUGUUGCCAGUUCAUCGGCGAUUCCAACUCCUCCGAACCUCUAUCCUUCACCCUAGGCCGACCUGAGGCCGACCUCAGUUCGAUCAGUCGCGUCAUCUUGGUCUCCGAGGCUCGCUGGGUCGAGAUUUACCAAUCCGAUGGUCAAUAUCUUCAAAGUGCUCCCGGUAAUCUCUUGCCCGAUUCGGAUGACGAGUUCAAGAUCUAUCUCAUUGAUCUGACCUUAAAGGCUGAGGCCGUGGAUCGGCUCCAGUUCAAAUGUAUGGGCUUGAUAUCCCGGUCAUGUUGGCUGUUGGCCUGCCAUUUGAUGCUGAAGGCCCAGAGCCCAGCCCAGAUCAGCUCGUCGACCUUUGAUUGUCAGCGGAUCAAUGAUAUGUUAGAAAACCUGGAGUUGUCAGAUAAAGCUUUAGCGUUCAAACGUGUUUUUGAGACGAUGCAGUCCUCGGGUGCGGCUGGCUCUGGCCCGUUGGGCGGGGUCUUGCCUCCAAUCAUGUCGCUCGCUCAAAUGUCCCGUGUCAAUGACACUAUUGUGCAAUCAGUUAAUAAUAGUGCGGCAAGUGAUGGGACUCGGGGGUCUGAGCUGACCGAGGAUGACCCAUUGAAGGCCAUGGAGUUGAGAAUCAUGAGCCGCAUUGAAGCCGUCAAACGAGAACAAGAUCGCAAAUUGGAGGAAAUUUUAGAACGGUUACGGAUAUUGACCCCAACGGUUAAGCCAGGGGAUAGUGACAAUGUCAAGAAUAAAGGGGAAUGAAUGACUAUGUACGGCA